CAAGCUCUCCAGGCUGGCUACCAUUUAAAAUCAGACUCUUUUUGUCUUUUGAUUGCUGCCUCCCGACCCAACUCCGAUGUGUUCCGCUAUCAGCGACCGGCAGCCUGCCAUCGCAGCCCCUGUCUGGGCCGAGAUCGGCGGAGAGUACACCGCAGCGGCGGCAGGCAAGGUUAUAUAGGAAGAGAAAGAGCCCAGCAGCGCGCGAGGGAGCCAGCCAGCCGGAGAGAGGCAGCCGAGCGCAAGGCAGGGCGCACACGCACACCGCGCGCACCCGAUCGCGCAGACAGACCGCCGGGACAGCUUGGAAGUCACCGGGUUCCAUGGGCGAGAUGCUGCUGCUGGCGAGGUGUCUGCUGGUGGUCCUCCUCUCCUCGCUGCUUGUGUGCUCCGGGCUGGCGUGCGGGCCCGGCAGGGGAUUCGGGAAGAGGCGGCACCCCAAAAAGCUGACCCCUUUAGCCUACAAGCAGUUCAUCCCCAACGUAGCAGAGAAGACCCUAGGGGCCAGCGGCAGAUAUGAAGGGAAGAUCUCGAGGAACUCAGAGCGAUUUAAGGAACUCACCCCCAAUUACAACCCCGACAUCAUAUUUAAGGAUGAGGAAAACACCGGAGCGGACCGGCUGAUGACUCAGAGGUGUAAGGACAAGUUAAAUGCCCUGGCCAUCUCAGUGAUGAACCAGUGGCCUGGAGUGAAGCUGCGGGUGACGGAGGGCUGGGACGAGGAUGGUCACCACUCGGAGGAGUCACUGCACUAUGAGGGCCGCGCCGUAGAUAUCACCACCUCUGACCGUGACCGAAGCAAGUAUGGCAUGCUAGCCCGCCUCGCUGUGGAGGCCGGCUUCGACUGGGUCUACUAUGAGUCCAAGGCACACAUCCACUGCUCGGUGAAAGCAGAGAACUCAGUGGCGGCCAAGUCCGGCGGCUGCUUCCCCGGGUCGGCCACCGUGCACCUGGAGCAGGGUGGCACCAAGCUGGUGAAGGACCUACGGCCCGGGGACCGCGUGCUAGCGGCCGACGACCAGGGCCGCCUGCUCUACAGCGACUUCCUCACCUUCCUG